AUGGGCAAGAAAAGCGAGAAAAAAGUCGUCGAAGAAACCAUGGAAGUCGAUGAGCAGCCAGCGGUAGAGCCAGAAGCAGUGCCAGAAGAAGAGCCAGAAGUUGAGGAUGAAGACUUGAACGUGCCAAAGAAAAAGAAAAUGGAAAUUCUUGAUCCAAAAAGCUUCGAACAAGAUCCAUCGAAUUUGACGCUCAUUUUGUACGAGGAAGAUCACACUAUUGGAAACUCGAUCAAGCAUAUUCUCAGCAGAAUGGAUGAAGUUGAAUUCUGUGGUUACAACGUUCCACAUCCGCUCGAGGAUAAAAUUUUGUUCAGAGUGCAGACAAAAGAUGGAAUCAAUGCUCUAGAAGUUUUGGUUAAAGCAUUCGAGAGUGUCGAGCAAGUUUUUUCAACGAUUAGAGGGAAAUUCGAAGCCGCCUACGAGAAGAGUAUCGCCUAA